UCAUAUCACGAAGCUAUGGAAAAUCAACAACAAAAGAUUAACAACGUAUUACAUUCCCUUUUCGAUUUUCGUUAUGGAGUGAUACCAUAUACGAGCACGCGGUGUCCAGACAUUACCACCGCCAUCGAUGUACUCACGACGGGAAGAUAUCAGAGGUUUCCCAAGAUAAUUGAGGAGAGUUUUGCUCCAAAGAUAGUGACCGACAAAGAGGUCAAAGAAUCAUUAAGAAAAAUAAAUGCAUAUAUCGAAUUACGAAUGUUGACCGAAGAGGUGAUUCCGCCUGCCAUGAAAAAAUACCGUGUGGCUGAUGGGCGCAUAACAUUUUACGUUGAUAAAGAAUUUGAGGUUAUACUGACACCGAACGUUGCCGAGGAAAAUGUUUACUGGGUCAUAUUAGACCUUAAGAUUUUAGUUCAAUCAGAGAAUGAUAAGCUUGGUGACGAUGUUGACCUGUCCUUACAUGAAAACCAAAUUGAGCACAUCAAAAACUUUGCCCAAGGAUUCCUUAAUCCUCCACCUUUUCAACAGCAACCUAACGAGACUUCAAAGCACCUUCCUUUAUUAAAGUUAUAUGAUUACCUACACACCUUAUGUCUGGAUGCACAACUCGAAGUUUUAUAUCAGCAGGCCUUUCGUUUGCACAAAACACGUUGGUCAGAGAAUUUGGUGGUGGAGAUGGAUCACACACACACAAUUUUGAGAAUCUGUUAUUGGAAUUGGGCGAAACAAACGGUACAAACAGCACAAAUGCAACACAUGCAACAAUCCCGCCGAUCUAACAUCCCAUCGGGCGCGGUGAAUAAGCCGCCCAUAAAUCAUGACGUCAUUGAAAUAUCAAUUGCUGAGGAAAUGCCGAGCAAAUCUUUGAUACAUUACACACGAUCCAAACUUUCAAAGUCAAAUUGGUUGAAUGACGCUUCUCGCGUCAAGUCAGGAGUUAUCAAUGAUGGGCGUGGGCUUAAUUAUCCACGCAAGUUUUUGCGAGCUCGAUGGAGCGGUUUAACGGGUGUGCUUGCCAAUAAGUGGACAAUUUUGGAUUGGGAAUUU